ACCAUAAACGGUCCACUAUAUAGCGCUGUGUCUUUCCCAUUCUACAACGUGUUUGUAUGCACCGUUUGUGGGGGUGGUACGGUAUCGACUGGGCGGCAUUGCGUCAUUGAAGACAAUCGACCGAGAUACCCAUUCUUAUCCUCAGGAUUGGUUUUGCGCCCGCAUACCGCAACUUGGCUGUUUCGAUUUAUAAAACAAGCUCACAGUGCUUCCGGUCAUCUCCUUCAUACAUUGAUCGCUUAGCUUCGGGGCCAGCUCAGGGCAAGUUAGUCAACUUACUUGUCUCCGUCGGGCGAUCUGCGGUUCUUGCAGGGACAUUGGGUCAUUGAUGGAAUAUAUUACGACUAUCGGUGUAUUCAUUGAAUGCUGAUUGCCGUCAGAGCCUGGCGUGAGCCUGGCGAUCGUUGAUGUUGCACAAAGUACAACUAUACUGCAAGCGAACUUGUCUUGAUUCACCUUGACUGUCUAGCUCGUAGUUUUUCGCUGCUUGCAGCAACUCAUUUGAUGCAAUGACACCAUGUCCAGACCAGAACGGACGCAAAUCUCGCGGAUAAUACCGAGAAUGCCAAUGACGACAGUAUCGUACGUCUAUCAGACAAAACAGCAUGCUCUCCUCUCGGUGCCAACCAGGUAUAAGUGGGGUAUCGUACACAACCUACUGCAUCCUUUUCCGAGCACGCUGUGAGUUCAAAGAUACUUUUUGGUCAACAGCUAUCAUCGAACCGUAGCGAAGAGACCAUGGGUCAACUGGGAAAAGUACAAAUCGGCCAAAAGGCUCCAGACUUUCACUGCGAUGCCGUCAUUGAAGGUGUAAUUGAAGAAGUGUCCUUGGCUACCUACAUCUCCCCAGCUCAUCGCGCCUGGCUGAUCCUUUUAUUCAUUCCCGCCGCAUUCUCGUUUGUGUGCCCUACAGAAGUACUGGCCUUCCAGAAUUGCCUGGAGGAAUUCAAAGAUCGCAAUUGCGAAGUAGUGUUUGUGUCUGUGGAUACAAAGCACAGCUUGUGGCAUUGGCAGAACGUUCCAAGGCAAUACGGUGGGUUGGGACAAGUGGGGAUCCCCUUGCUUAGCGAUGCAAAUCACCGUAUGAGUCGAGACUACGGAGUUCUCGUCGAGGAGGAGGGGGUGUGUCUAAGAGGCAUGUUCAUUCUAGACGAAGAUACUGUCGUGCAGCAGGUCACUUUGAACAAUCUAACAGUCGGACGUUCUGUCUUGGAAGCUUUACGCCUCCUGGAGGCUUUUCAAGCAGUGGCCAAGCAUGGUGUGCUGUGCCCCAUAGAUUGGAAACCAAGCGGAAACACUGCAGAUACUAUCAGCACAAUAUCGAACACACUGACCGAAUCGUAUGAAGAUCGCCUAGAGAACCUAAAAAGAGAAUUCGGUAACGGAGUGGUGGUUACCGACUUAGACGCAAAGCACAAACGAGAGGACGAGGUAAAAAGUACCAUCGAGAGAGACGAGAUCGUCCCUUCGUCCGGAGCCAUCGAUGGUAAGAGUUUAUUGAGGAGGAAAAGCCAAAGCGAGAGCAUUGCUCCAUCCGUCAGAUCCGUCGACGGACAUCUUACAACGGUAUCGAUUUACGGAGACGGUAAUGUCGAGGGAUAUAAUACACCAAGCCCACCGCCAACCAAGAAAGUAAAUGAUUGUCUACCAAGAGGUUUGGUUGUCUCGACAAAAUCGAGCCACGCUGGCUUGAGAGAGCACUCACUAUCUGCGCCUUCGAGCUCCAAUGCCACUCCGCUGCCAACACCAAACACAGCAGAUAUACCCACUCAACAAUCAAGGAUUAAUUCAAUGGCGACUACGGCAAGACAUGCAAGAGGACACCACUCAACCGCCCCAUCCGCCCCAUCCGCCCCCCUCAAUCGCCCUUCAACCACCAAUACCAUCGCGACCAACAACUCCGUCCAACCCAACUCUCCAAUCACGACCAACCAAAACCACACACAUCUGCGCCAUCUGACUCAACAGCGUAACACCUACGAAACUUGCCGCGGCUCGCAUGUAGUCCUCGAAUUCGCAGACCCAACGUCCUCACCAUCAACCCUCAACAUAAAUGGCCAGCAAAUCGCUAUCCCCGCUACAGCAGCUACCAAGAUAGGCGGCCACCCCAAUCCACCAUCUUCUACAUCCCCUUUACCAAGCAUCCCACCCGCUUCACUAGCCCAAUACCACUCGACGUCGUCAACGCAUUCGCUGGGCUCCCGCUCCGCAACCUCGAGUCCUGCGCUGAGCCGUCAGACUACAUCUGUGCACCCGCGCUCGCCGUUGCAGGAUCAAGGAGGACAAGGAUCGAGCCAGACGAGGUUGCAGGCUACGUUUGAGGCGAUCAAGAAGAUGAGUGCUGGGUUGAGUAGUCCGCGGAUUGACUUCGGAACCAGGAGGAGUGCGCAUGCUAGCGGGAGUGGGAGUGGAAGCGCCGUGGGUAGUGGGGUUACGGUUGAGGUGGAAGGUCCGAAGACACCUGGGUAUUUUGAUGUGGUUGUGGAUGGGGAAUAA